AUGUCUUUUGGUGACUUCACCAGCAUCUGCCACACGGCACCGCUGCCGUUGUGUGCUGCAGUCGGACCCAUCACGUCCAUCUCGAGCGGCGUGGGAAUCGAGCCCGACUGCUACGCACGGAAUAUCGAACUGGCAAACACCAUCAUCUUCCAGGGCGCCGCCAGUGCCAUGCACAUCGUUGCCCUGGUCAUGACCGUCACCAUGAUUCUGCACGUCCGGGGCAAGUUCACAGCAGUUGGCCGGAAGGAAAUAACGACCUUCUUCUACCUCUACAUGCUUCUGACCUUCAUGUCCCUCAUCGUCGACGCCGGAGUCGUUCCCCCCGGCUCGGACCCGUACCCCUACUUCGUCUCUGUUCAAAAUGGUCUUGCCUCUGCUCUCAUCACCUGCCUUCUGAUCAACGGCUUUGUGGGCUUCCAGCUUUAUGAGGAUGGGACGCCGCUCUCGCUAUGGAUGAUCCGUCUGAGCUCUCUUGUCGCAUUCAUCAUCACCUUCCUCGUAUCGUUGGCCACCUUCAAGACAUGGGCAGGCCUGGGCCCCACGAAGACUAUUGGACUAUUCAUUGUCCUCUACCUGUUGAAUGGUGUCGAGCUGCUGGUGUACGUUGUGAUGCAGAUCCUGCUUGUCACGCGCACUCUGCAGGACCGCUGGCCACUGGGAGACAUCACCUUCGGCAUCUUCUUCUUCGUUGCCGGCCAGGUCAUUCUCAACGCCUUCAGCGCACCGAUCUGCGAGGCUGUCAGCCACUACGUGGAUGGGCUCUUCUUCGCCACGACUUGCAAUCUCUUGGCAGUCAUGAUGGUUUACAAGUACUGGGAUUCGAUCACUAAGGAGGAUCUGGAAUUCUCGGUCGGCACAAGGAUGAACAACUGGGAGGUCAAGGAGCUGCUACCCGAGGACGAGAGACGAGCCACCGUGUACGGCGACGACCCGUAUGGCCAGUCCAGCGCGUACGACCAUGCCUACUCGCCAAGCAACAACAGGUACUCCAAGUACUGA